ACAUGGCUGAGGCUGUCACUUACGCCGACCUGAGAUUCGCUGAGAUUCUGCAGAGGGAGAGAAAACCGCCCGAGACCUCACCAGAAGAAGACAGGGAUAAUUUAGAGGCUACCUAUGAGAAUGUUGUUAAACCGCAAAGAAAACAAGAAGACCCUGAAGUGCCCCCUAGUGGAAGAGGUCAUCUGCUCCUGGCAGGGUUCAGACACUGGGCUCCACACUCAGCUCUUCUGCUCUUGCUGCUUUGUCUUCUACUUUCUGCAAUCACCAUUGAAAGGACAAUGAAAUACCUCCAUGUGGCCAGUGACCUCCAGGCUCUUGCUGCAACUCACCAAGCAAUGAACGAAAGUCUACUAAUGAAUCUGCAGAGCAAGGAGCACAUUCUGACCACCCUGCAGAAGGAUCUGAAAAAUACUGAGGAAAGGGUAAAGGAACUAACCCAAGGAACACAGGACCUCACCUCUGCAUUGGAAAGAACUAAAGACCAGCUUCAGACCGAAAAAAACAUGAAAAAUGAAGCUCAGACUAAGCUAGAAAGAGCGGAGAAGACGCUGAGAGAAGCACAGGCAAACCUAAGUCAGCGGGAAAAAGAUAUUUGCCCAGAAAAUUGGAUUCUGCUGGGUAGAAAAUGUCUACUCAUCACAGAUGAAAAAAGAAGUUGGACGGAAUGUGAUGAGUUUUGUAAAAGUAGAGACUCUAACCUUAUUGUUGUCCAGUGGGAUGAUCUGACACUUAAGGUCUUUUUGUCUAAUAAAACUGAAGAUUCCUGGGUCGGGAAGGAAUUUACAUAUAAAGAGAACAAGCAAAGCUGGGAAUGGCCAAAGCAGUACUGGAAAACAUCAAUGUAUUGUUGGAGAUUCAGAACUGGAGACUUGGCUCCUGAGGAAUGUACAACACGGAAAUUGUGCGUCUGCGAAAAGAAUCUUGUCCUAAUGACAAUAAAGAAAGUAUCCCCCAAUAUGUACAAUGAAAAUCCGCAGUUCACUCUGUGGGACACAGACUAUCAGUGCUGGAGAAGAUGGUGACGGCCCGAGAUAUUCAUGUGGAUGAAGCAGCCCUGGGGCCGCCGUCAGCUGUAGACGAUAGCGCUUCAGUCCUUAAAGGGAUCUUCCCAUAAUGUGCCAUAGGCCCCUUUCACACAUGCACGUUUUCCGUGCAGGUGCAAUGCGUGAUGCGAACACAUUGCGCCCGCACGGAAUCCGGAACCAUUAAUU